UAUUUAGCAAUUAAAUUGAUAAGUAAUCGCUGAAGUAAAAAAAAAUAAUUUAAUGAAAACAUUUAUGUUAUAUAUUUAACAAUUUUUUGAAAUUUGAGUAUUAUUUUAUAAGAUUUUUAUUAAAAUUUAACCAACAGUAUUGACAACGGGACAACGGUUAUUUUACUGACGAUGGUGUCAUAAUAUUUUGGCGCAAAGUUAAUGAUUACUUUGAAUUCGUGAUUCUGUUUUCUUAUGUAAAAUACCUUUUAUUCAGAAUUGACCAUAUAAUAUUUAAAAAUGUCAGCUACAGCAACCACAGUUCCUCUUCAAGGAGAUGAAGAAUUUGAAGAAUAUAAUCCACAAGCAAAAUUAAUAAAAACUCUCGAAGGAAAUGGGAUAACAGCAGGAGAUAUAAAAAAAUUAGAGGAAGCUGGUUACUAUACUGUAGAAGCUGUAGCCUAUGCACCCAAAAAGCACUUACUUGCCAUUAAAGGCAUUAGUGAAGUUAAAGCAGAUAAGAUUUUACAAGAAGCUUCAAAGCUGGUUGUAAUGGGUUUUAAAAGUGCCACUGAAAUUCAUCAGACUCGAUCAAAUAUUGUCUUUGUGACUACUGGUUCCAGUGAAUUAGAUAGAUUAUUAGGAGGCGGUAUAGAGACUGGUUCUAUUACAGAAAUUUUUGGAGAAUUUAGAUCAGGAAAAACACAGUUGUGUCAUACCCUUGCUGUUAAUUGCCAGUUACCUAUAGAUAUGGGUGGUGCAGAAGGAAAAUGUCUUUAUAUAGAUACAGAAGGAACUUUCAGACCUGAAAGAUUAAUUGCUGUUGCAGAAAGAUAUAAAAUUGCAGGGGAUUCUGUAUUGGACAAUGUAGCUUGUGCUAGAGCUUAUAAUACAGAUCAUCAAACUAAAUUACUAAUUCAGGCUAGUGCUAUGAUGACAGAAUCCAGAUAUGCCUUGUUGAUAGUAGAUAGUGCAACUAGUUUAUAUCGAACUGAUUACUCUGGAAGAGGAGAAUUAUCUGCUAGGCAAACACAUUUAGCUAGGUUUCUUAGAAUGCUAUUGAGAAUAGCUGAUGAGCAUGGUGUUGCUGUCGUUAUAACUAAUCAAGUUGUGGCACAAGUUGAUGGUGCAGCUAGUAUGUUUGGUGGGGAUCAAAAAAAACCAAUUGGUGGUAAUAUUAUAGCACAUUCAAGUACAACAAGAUUAUAUUUACGAAAAGGAAGGGGGGAAACUAGAAUAUGCAAAAUUUAUGAUUCACCCUGUCUGCCUGAAAGUGAAGCAAUGUUUGCUAUAAAUGCAGAUGGAAUUGGAGAUGUUAAAGAAUAACAUUAUAUUUUUUAUUUAUAAAUAUGUAUUUAUAUCUGUAAGAAAAGUUGUUUUUUUAAAUGUGCUUUCCAUAAAGCAUACAAUUAUUUUUGUAAUUUCAGAAAAAGAAUAAAAGAUCGAACGUACAAUAAAUGCAAAGUUUUCUGCUAUUGAAAAUAAAUUUGUAUUAUUGUGCAAUACGAGAACAUUUUAAGGUGAUGGAGCACGAACUUCGAAUUCCGCGUCGGUAAAACAAUCAACGUUUCAUCGAAAAUUAGGCCGAACAGAAACUGAUUUAAGCGCCACCUCAAUUAUCGCAUGCUAUCAACCCUAUCAACUAACGGCAUGCUAUACUACGUCACCUUCAAUAAUGAAUUCCUCUCGAAAAUUGUUAUAAGAAAAAUAUUUGUUAGUCAACGUAGCGAAUUUCUAUCAAAUGAAAAGCAGAAAUUAUGUGUUCUGUGGACAAGAGCGAGAUCUGGCAUCUGACCAGAGUCAUGGAUAAAGUCAUGGCCUUUCCAAUGUACAACGUCUCUGCUUGAAAUAUCUUCGCCAGGGUUGAUUUCUUUCUACCAUUGUGAUUUUCUUUUU